CUUAGCUUCUCUGAACUUUGCAAAGAGAACAAUCAAGCGCGUUAGUUAAUAUUUUUUAUUGUUUACCGAAUCAACUAUUUGUAAUAUGCCUGGAUCUCGUAAAUUUUUUGUUGGUGGGAAUUGGAAGAUGAAUGGUAGCCAUUCAGAUAAUGACAAAUUGAUUCAAAUUCUCUCUGAAGCUCAGUUUGGCGAAAAUAUAGAAGUCUUGGUGGCUCCACCAUCUAUCUAUCUGCGUGAAGUCCGGAAUCGUUUAAAGAAAAAUAUUCAUGUUGCUGCCCAAAACUGCUACAAAGUCCCGAAGGGUGCUUUUACUGGUGAAAUUAGCCCCGCAAUGAUAAAAGAUGUUGGCUGUGAAUGGGUAAUACUUGGUCAUUCUGAAAGAAGAAAUAUUUUUGGCGAAUCUGAUGAGCUCAUUGCCGAAAAAGUUCAACACGCCAUUGCUGAAGGCUUAAGCGUCAUUGCAUGCAUUGGUGAAACAUUACCAGAACGUGAAGCUAAUAAAACAGAGGAAGUAUGUCUAAGACAGUUAAAAGCAAUCGCAAACAAAAUAAAGUCGGCUGAUGAAUGGCAAAGAAUAGUUGUUGCUUAUGAACCUGUAUGGGCUAUUGGUACAGGUAAAGUUGCCACACCUACACAAGCACAAGAAGUUCACAAUUUUCUAAGAAAAUGGUUAAAAUCUAAUGCGCCAGCUGGCGUUGAUGAAAAAUUACGCAUUAUAUACGGUGGCUCAGUGACGGCUGCUAAUUGUAAAGAAUUAGCUCAACAACCUGAUGUCGAUGGAUUUUUAGUCGGUGGUGCUUCAUUGAAACCAGAAUUUAUUGACAUUUGUAAGGCUAGAUAAUACUAGUAAUAUUAAUGAAAAGAAUUAGAACAUUGGAUCACUUGUGGGUAUUGCUGGCGUUGUUUUUGUCCUUAUUGUAGUUGCUUAAUUUUAAUUUCUAAUUUUUGUUUUCUAAUGUCAGUUAAUAUCUUCUUUUUAUUUUCACUUUUUUUCUCUUUAUCUUUAUUACAUUUUUACUUAUUAAAGAUAAUGUAAUAAUAUAGUAAUAUUAUUUGAAUGAAGAUCGAUGUGAAAUUCCAGUACUUACUUCCUUGCUUAACUUAACCUGUCAGUGAAAAUAGAUCCAGUUGAACUUGUUAUUAUUAUUAUUAUAUCUGACUUGUACUUAAGUGCUUUUCUUUUAUAAUUACAAACAGUUAAUCAUA